GCAGCUGUGACGACUGCAGAACUUUCGUUUUUUUACAUUGUUAGUCUAUUUCCUCGAGCGAACAAGCGAGCGAGUCAACGAAGCCCAAGUCGCGACGGACUUGUACAUGCCGUUCCCCUACAUUUGCUUGCUCACUAGUCCCCGCAAACCGCAACUGAGACCAGUGACGGAAUUCCCAGCACAGCAGUCAAGAAGAAGCAGCCGCCCGUCGAACCCCUCCGCUUUCCUGCUGGCCAGAAGUUCAACAACUCUCUCUCUCUCUUUCUCUCUCCCUCUACCUCUAGCUGAGCAAAGCACAGCCUUAAUCCCUGACGAAACGGUCCGGUGGCCGAGGAUGUGAGAGGUGGACGAUACCGGCUGGAGAUUUGUAUACCAUACCACCACCAUCGAGCGAGCGAGCGUGAACGAGGUUCAUCGAUCUCCUGAAACCAGUUGCGGCCGAUUUAUGUCAGGCUGAGUGGCAUCGCCUGGCAUCGCAUCGCCAAGGAGGAAGAAGGCCCAUCUGCCUGCUUGCCUGCCUGCUUACUUGCCUACCUGUCUAUCUGCCUGUCAGUUGAUCUGGUUCAGCACGCCCCAACCGACCUCAGCCGUCUCUCCGCCACUACCCCCCAGAAGAUCAAGAAGAAGAAAAAGGACGAGGAGAAAAAGAAGAAGAAGACCAGAGAAGAGGAGAACGACGAGGAGGAGGACAAGGAGAAGCGGCCGUCCAAGAGCGCACUCCCGCCAGAGACUACUGCUGCAGUGUUCAACUUUGACUUCGGCGCAGGCAUCGAGACGAACCUUCCCAUCGAGACGGAGCUGUCCAAGGUCGAGGUCGAGGUCACACCGGCCCCAGAGCCGGCGAUCGCGAGGCCGAAGCUACCGCCCGAGCCUAUGGCCGUGCCUCAGGCACCCGUGAACAAGCGCCGGUCCAGGUCGAUCGUGGGCCGCCCCAAGUCAUGGCUGGCAGGCAAGUCCGCCUCUGCCUCGUCGUCUUCAGAUGCGUCGUCGGACCAGAAGGAGAAGGCCGCCGCCGCCGCCGCCGCCCAGAAUAAGGACAGCAGGAAGGUGGUAGCGCCACGAGACGACAACGGCGAGACGGACGCUGCUGCAAG